CUAUCGAGCCCAGUUCAUCUGCCCCUUGCCUUAACCAUGCGCCUCACACGUGCGGCAAUGCGCGCUGAGGCUCAGCAGCCAGACAUCGAGACACCCGACGCGUCAACUGCACCUACAAUCAACCAAUCCAGCGAUGAUCGCGUUCCUUUGAGUGAUGUGUCUGGAAACACCUCCCUAGAGCUCGAAGCAGACGAUGCUGAUCAAGCCCCACCACCAAAAAUGCCAACCACGAAAAGCAAAGCCAAAGGCGGCGCAAAGAAAGGCGCAAAAGGAAAGAAGGGAAAGGCGGUCAAGGAAGACGACGCACCCGUGGCGGAUACCAUCCAAGAUGAGCCGCUCGCUACAGGGAACCCUGUUGAUGAGCUGGCAGAGCAAUCCCUUCAGAUUGAACGGCCUGCCAGCCCACCUCCUGCGCGCUCGUUGCGCAUGACGCGCCGUCAAUUGGCCAUGCAGGAGGAGCAACUCUCCAAGCCACUCGAGCCGCAGUCCUCCCUGCAGAACGAAAGCACCGCUGCUACAAAUGGCGAAGACACUGUUGCAGGAUCGCAACAGGAGAUCGUCGGGGAACUGAAAGAACCAGCUACAAAAGUAGAAGAAGAAACCCCAGCUGAACAAGUUUCCGCCGAAUCCCCACAAGAAGCAAAUCAGGAGGAGGCUAUAAAUGUGCAAGAGGAUGCUCAGCAAUUGAAGAUCGUACCGACUGGCAUGAAUCAGGAACCUCACGACUCUGAGGUUAUACCAACCACUCCCAAACACACAGCAGUAACCCCAACUGUGGAGGUUUUUUCCGAACCUGAACCAAAGACACUCACUUCCGAAAAGCCAUGCGAAGGGGAAACGACUCCAGCAGCAAACCGCACGCCUAACCGCCCAGCCUCGCGAAGUCCUUCCAGAUCGCCAAUGCGCCUCGAAGAGUCCAUCGAAGCAUUCGAUGCGCUGGAGGAGGCUCUCGAAAAUGUCGGAAAAGCCAUCCCUCUGUUCGACCAGUCAGCCGAUGAGGCUCCUGGGAAGAAGGGUCUGUCCAAGACACCAACACCGCCCAAGAAGAAGUCCCCGGCAGUCUCAAGGAUAUCACGAAACCCCAGCGCAGCACCUAAAUCGCUCAAGCCAGCCGCAUCUCGACUCUCCUCCGGCUCAUCUCUAGGAAGAGCUUCUAGCGUGCGUGCCACAUCCUCACAAUCUGCCAAAGAUCAACCAACCCGCAAAGGAUCAGGAGAGACAAGCGACUACCUGGCCUCCAAGCGCCGACCCAUCAGCAUGUCGUUUCCCGCGCCGCCUCCCCCUGUCAAAUCUCAACGAGCCCCCACGAAAUCAACAUUCCAACUCCCAGGCGAAGCCGUCGCCGCCAAACUCAAAGCCCAAAAGGAAGAACGACUCAAGCGCGAAGCUGAAGCCGGCUCAGCGAAGAAACCACGACCAAUCAGCAUGCCACCACCUCCCAAGUCCACAAAAGCCCCCACGAAACCAAACUUCCAGCUCCCAGGCGAAGCCAUCGCCGCGAAGCUCAAAGCACAAAAGGAAGAACGCCUCAAGCGAGAAGCAGAAGCCGGCAAUCAGCAGCAGCAACAGCGCGCACCAUCCUCGCGUCCCGUCAGCCUCGUGCUCCCCGCAAAAUCCACAAAACCCCCAACCGUGGCCAAUUUCCAGCUCCCGGGCGAAGCCGUAGCUGCAAAACUCAAAGCCGCAAGGGAAGAACGGCUCAAGCGCGAAGAACAGGAAGCUGAGGCCGCCAAGAAAGCUGCUCUGGCGUUCAAAGCGCGGCCAGCGCCUGCCCGGAGACCGAUUCCUUCCACCACCACGACGACAGCGGGCGCGCUGCCGAAACGCACAGCCAGUAUGUCAACGACGACGACGGCACAAUCUCGCACUGCGUCGACUAGCUCCUCGUUUUCUGCUGCAGCUGCACCUGCGACGGGAGGUGCAGUGUCGUCGCAGAAAGGCAGACAAGUCUUCAAUCGCGAUAAAUUGGAGAAGGAAGCACGAGUGCGUGAGCGCAAGGAGAAAGAGGAUGCUGCUAAGAAGGCGAGGGCUGAGGCGGCGGAGAGGGGCAGGAUCGCGAGUCGAGAGUGGGCGGAGAGACAGAAGAGGAAGCUCAUGGGUGUUAUGGGUGGUGGGAAAGGUAAGGAGGGAGAAGGCGCGUCGUGAGAUUCUGAUCUCCUCUUUUUUCAAUAUCUUUCUUCUUCUUGGGCAAAUGGGGUAAGUGCUUCCAUGUUUCGUGUUUUGAGACGUCGCCUGUGGCUGUUACUUUCUGUUCUUGAUUUCU